AUGCGAGCGUCUUCUUCAUCGUCCUCUAAAUCAGCCAAUGCAACCAGUUUGAACAAAAGACUUAAGACAGUCUUCAAAAAAGCUUACGAGCUUUCGAUUCUCUGUGGAAACGAGGUCUGCGUCAUCCAUUACGGACCAGACUGCAAAUUGAGGACAUGGCCGGAAAAAGAGAAAGUGAAAGACAUGGCUUUCAGGUAUGUCACGGCCACGAAACGCAAGAAGACACUCAAUCUUCAUGAGUUCCUCGAGGAGAAGAAGAAGGAUCCAAAGAAGACGACGACGAAGAAGACGAAGAAGAAGAAGAAGACAGUUUUGGAGAAUAUAAAGUAUCCUGACUGGUAUCCAAUCUUUGAUCAUUACACUCCUCACCAACUUUCUCAACUGAUUCUGUCUUUAGAACAGACUCAAUCCACACUUCAAGAAAGGGCUCGUUUUGUCGAGGCGCAGAAACAAAGGAACACAAACUUUGUUCACCAUCAGCAUCAUCAUCAAUACCAGACCCAACCCUUGAACCCUAGCCAACUCUCGAUUUACAAUGGAGAUUCUACUUCCUCACAGCUCCCACUCUCUUCAUCACAUCCCAACCAACUCUUCAAUUACCACCAAAAUAUCACCAACAGAAACUUUCAACAACCUUGCUUCUCCAACACGCAAGGUUACCAAAAUCACUUGGUGGAGCAGAACCUUCAUGGUUUCGAUCAGAAUAUCACCAGCGGAAGCUUUCAACAUCCUUGCUUCUCUAGCACGCAAGGUUGGCAAAAUAACUUGAUGCAGCAGCCGAAUCAUUAUGGCUUUGAUCAAAAUCUCAUCAACAGACACUUUCAGCAUCCUUACGCACAAGACUACACAGCGUUACCUUCAGUACAAGAAUCUGAGUUGAAGAAUCACUUGAUGCAGCAGCAGGGUUCUCAUAAGACGAACAUGCCUAUGAUGAGUGGUAUCACCAACAGCAACGCUCCUUGCCUCUCAAACACGGUCUCAGAUGAGUUUGGUUCUGAUUUCCAGAUGACCCCUAAUUAUGGUUUUGUGGUCGGUAGCACUAGCUCUUGUCAAGAUUUUGCAGAGUUGUUUUCAAGCUAUGGCGAAUCUUCUUUCCGCGGCCAGUGA